CGACUGUUAGCAGGAUGAAGUUGAUAGUGCUUGUAUUAGCAGUGGGCUGUAUGGCGAGCCUGAGCCUCGCCAACACCGACGCCAUUGCACCAAAGUACGGUGUAAGGCCAACGGCGCCACCACCCCACCCACAAUCAAACGGUGCCAGUGAUAUCGAUAAGUGUGGCUGCCACGAGAUCGUUGGCAAGCUGAGGCAGGUGAAAUCGCAUCUAUUGCAGGUUAUCGUCAAUCUGUACAACAAGUAUGGAUACGUGCAUAGCGAGCUGCUCCAUUUGAAAAAAAUUGUGAAGGGUGUGGCCUGGUACGCAAAUCUAACAACGGCUACUGGGCAGACCAUUAACGAACAGAUUGUGGACUCAUCGCUUGCCAUUGCUCAAAUCAUGCAGUCGAUCAGAGAGCUUACCAUCGACCAGCAGAGAUUGGUAACAAAGACCUUCCUCACUGAAUCCAUCCUGGACUUGGAUAAACGUCAAGAAGGCGGAAAGCCCCCAGUACCGGAAGGUGACACCAUCUACACAUCGUGCGACGAUGAGCGCAUCACCCAGACUGGUACGUACCUGGUGCAGGAUGCGUUCGCCGAGCCGACGAAGGUAGUGUGCGUCCUCGACUUCCAGCCGGGCGCAUACACUGUGAUUCAGAACCGUCAGACCGGAUCGACCGAUUUCUACCGCGGUUACAGCGAGUACCGAUCCGGGUUCGGAGAGUUCGACGGUGGUGAUUACUGGUUGGGUCUGGACCGUAUCCACAAUAUCACUUCUUCCGGUGACUACGAGUUGUUCAUCCAGCUGGAGGAUUUUGAGAGGAACGUAACGUACGCCCGUUACGACAACUUCGAAAUUGGAUCAGGAAACGACUUCUAUCCAAUCACCAAGUUGGACGGAUACAGUGGUUCUGCCGGUGACUCGUACGGAUCCGUGGUCGGCGUGCUGUUCAGCGCCUACGAUCUGGAUCUGGACAACAGUGAGAGCAACUGUGCCGUCUCGAACCGCGGUGCCUGGUGGUACACUGACUGUGGCCAGAGCAACUUGAACGGUCUGUACCUGAAAGGUCUGUCUGGUGGCACCACCGGCAUGUUCUGGGAGACUUUCCGUGGAAUUAACUACAGUCUGAAGACGAGCCGUAUGAUGGUGAAGCGCAAGCAAAUGACAACCGUUACGGACGCUGCGACAACGACCUCUACGACACCUAUGACUACCACGGAAGCUGAGACCACUACUCCACCGGCUACCGAUAUGACGCCGAUCAAUGGGAUGACGGCCCCACCAACCGAUGCACCAACCGAUGCACCAACCGAUGCACCAACCAUGGAGUAACAUCGAAGAUACUGCAGUAUCUCAUGAGAUGAAUUGGCAUGCU